AUGGAUCAGAACCAGCAACCAGCUCCCGCUGAAAUUCAUACAUCUGUCGAAAAUGCACAUAAAGCCGAGGAAUUGGCUCGCGCAGAACGUAUUCUCGAGCAGAAAAGAAUAGAACAGCAUGCACAUGAAGAAGCGCAGUUAGUGAAACAAGAGUUGGAAAAUAAAGGCGAAAAAACGAAAAAGCAAUGA